GCCUAUAAAUACCCCAAGGCCAGGCAUUCCUCCGUGUGCGAUAAACUUGUUAGCGAAGCUCUGUCAAUUUUUCUAGAGAGAGAAAGUUCAGCCUUCGGUCAAAACUCAGCUUUCGAGGUCAGUGCUCCCUGCCUUUCUCCUUCUAGCAUAGCUGUACUGUGCCCUUAGUUUAGGAGAUAGAAAAGUUAGGAAACACUACCGUCUACGAGCCCUCGAACAAGGGUGCGAAUGUCGUCCCAGAGUGACUCUCAGGACAUCUCGAGGACGCCCUCGAUGGAGGACGAAGGCAUCUCCGAUGUGGAGUCAAGCAGUGGUCAGCCCUCGGAUUGUGGUGAUGCAGCCCUGGCCCGGGAGGUCCAGAAGGAACUCACUGCGGAGGUUGAAGCCGAGGGCUUCGAGCAGGAGUGCGAUGAUGAAGACUUAGCCCUCGCCUGGCAGACAGCGGAGGAUGAGGCACAAAAUGAGAGCUCGAAGGUUACGAUUGCUGUUCUCCCCCCUCGGGGUUCCGGGGAGGCCAGUAGCUCGAGGCCGUUGGAUCCGAUACCUCUGAGGGCGGUUUCCGGUGUGAAGAAGAAGAAGGCCGCUACCAAGAAGAAGGAGAGGGCCGUCGAUCAAGGAAAGCCCGUAGACAUGCCCGAGGGGUACAGUUGGCUGAACACUGAGGCCCUCGAGAUCAGGUCGAAGGCCGACAUGGCAGAUCUGUACGUGACUCAGCUGCACGUGGGGCCCUCGGCCGAAGUGGUGGAGCCAGGUCCCGACGACGUGUUGUCCAGGGCGCCCGAGGGGUGUAUUGCUAUUCACGUCCUUUCGGUUUCCAUGGGACUCAGGUUCCCUCUGCACCCAUUCCUCCGGGAAUAUUUGCGGUUUGUUGGCUUGGUCCCCUGCCAACUCACGCCCAACAGCCACUCCUACAUUGCGGGGUUCCUCCAGCUCUGCAAGUCCCGAGGGGUGAAACCCAGCCUGGAUCUAUUCUUCCAGAGCUUUAAUCUGUGCCGGGGGGGGGCACGAAAACGGCGAGGGGUACGCCAACCUGCAGCAGAUUGCCCGCUUCAAACUAUUCUCCGAUGCUCCUUCUUCCAACAAAGGAUGGAGGGAACGUUGGUGCUACGUGAAGUUGGAUGAGAGCCCAUUCCCGAGGGAGCUACGUGACCGAUUCCGAAGGCACGAAAAGAUCAGGAGUGCCGCUCUCGAGAAAGACGGCCUAAAGCUGGCCAAGUUCCCGGAGGGGAAAAACAAGAACGUGGCGAUCAAAGACUGCACCCUCGAGGAGGAUUUAUACACCCUCGGGUUCUGGAGGUACCGCUUCAUAGGGGAGACCGAUGAAAAGUACCCUUCCUUCAACAAGGCCUUCGGAGGGGCCGGAGGUAUCCCCGUCUCUAUGGUGAACGUAAAGGGCCUUGCUCGUUUGAAGAAACAGGACCCGAAGGGGUCGGGACAGGGCAUCCAGAAGCCCGCCACUGCCCUCUUUAAGAAAGCCGAGGGCGAUGCCGCUGCCGGCAAGAGGAAGGCAGUGACCAAGGGGUCCCCCCGGCUACCAAAAAGCCGAAAAAGGGGGAUGUCGCCGAGAAGGAGCCCUCGCUCAUUAUCGCUGACGAGCACCCCGCCUCCGGGGUGCAGGUGGAGAAGCUGCCGGGUGGAACGCCGGCAGGGGCAGAGGAGUCGCUGCCUGAGAUCCUCACAGUCGCGUUCCCGAGGGGUACAUCUUUGGCCAGUGGUGCUGUCGACCCGGGGGCCAUCCUGAGGGGUAUGACCCCUGAGACGGAUAGGGCUGCCCUCGGGGCCUACAAUGAUGCGGCCCUCGAGGACCACAUUCUCCGCUCCUCCCUCUCUGCUUGCUUAGCCCUCGGCGAACAGGCUCGGAGGCUUCAAGAAUGGCGCCUCCACAGAGCGGAGCAAGACGCCAGAAUGAGGGAGUGCCUCCUCAAGAACCAAGAGGCGGUGAAGCUGGGGGCCCAACUAGAAGAGGAGCUCCGGCAGAUGAGCUUGAAAUUGGAGGCUGCAGAGAAAGGCAAGGCUGAUGCUGAGGUCGCUGCCAGGAGAGCUGCUAAAGAGGCCGAGGACUCCAAAGCGCUAGCUGUCGCCAAGGCUCAGGAGGAGGCCGUUGAGGCCUUUGUCGCCGAGGGUUGGAGAGCCGAGGGGCGCAAGAUGUGGGUGUCCUCGGUCGUGGAGGCCUGCGUUGAAGAAUGGGCCGAGGGCCCUGGGUGGGAAUGGAUGGCCCGGAAGGGCAGAGAGUACUAUGAAGCCGGCGAAUUCUUCACCCAGGCCCUCAUCUACCGGAGGAUGGCCCGGCAUCUGGGCAUUGAGCAAAAGGACUUCUCCCCCUCGGCGUAUGGCCUUCCUCCCUUGCAGCCUGAUGUCCGUGAGCCGCUCCCGGAAGGUGUUCAGAGGCCCGACCUUGAGGACACGGUGUUGAAGAAUGAGGCCGAGGACGACGCUGUCGAGACCGGAGCGGAGGCAUCAUCGAGGCCGGCUGCA